GUAGAUUUUGUUUCCUUUGUCAGGAUUCUCUUCCACUACUCACAACAAAGGACUAGAAAACAAACCCAUCCUUGGAUAACCCCACCAAUCCCAUUUUUAAAAACAACAAAAAUUUAAAGCAACCGAGAACACACCAGAAUCUCUCUCUCUCUACCCACCCAGUAGCAAUCUUUAAGGGGGCUGCCUUGCCUUCCCAGCCUGAAAAAAACAGCCAUGGCUAAGAGCUCAGAGGAAUUGUCCUCCAAGAGACACUUCCACUGGACAACUAAGGUCACUGAUGAAGAAGAAGAAGAAGAAGAGCCUGCAAUUUCAAUUAAGCCUUCAACCGCUGCUCAGGAUGAGAAGGACGAGGCCGAUCACAAGCUACCCAAGGCUGCUGAGCCAGCAGUGGCUUCUUCAGUAGCGGCGCAAAGGAGGAGGCUGCAGGCCAUGGCAGUUUCCAGGUUGAGAUCAGUCCUCACUGUAUUCAGCAAGAACAGAUCACAAUUCCCACUAGGCUUGGGCUCCAAAGUAAUAGGCACCCUCUUCGGCCAUCGCCGCGGCCACGUGCACUUCGCAUUCCAGAAGGACGCCGGCUCCCAGCCCGCCUUCCUGAUCGAGCUCGCCACCCCGAUAAGCGGGCUGGUGCGCGAAAUGGCGUCGGGGCUGGUCAGAAUUGCCUUGGAGUGUGACAAGGAGGAUGAGAAGAAGGCUGCGUGCAGGCUGCUGGAGGAGCCUCUGUGGAGGACUUACUGCAAUGGCAAGAAGUGUGGUUUCGCCACGAGGCGAGAGUGCGGGGCCAAGGAGUGGAAGGUGCUGAAAGCUGUGGAGCCUAUUUCAAUGGGGGCUGGUGUCUUGCCAGGGGGAGAUGGAGAUGGAAUUGGUGAAGGAACAGAGGCUGCUACUGCUGAUCAUGGUGAAGUCAUGUACAUGAGAGCCAAGUUUGAGAGAGUUGUGGGGUCUAGAGAUUCUGAGGCCUUUUACAUGAUGAACCCUGAUAGCAAUGGUGCUCCUGAACUUAGUAUUUACUUGCUCAGAGUCUAAGCUCCCUUGGAAGCUCUGAGUUCAGCCACUCAGUUUUCCCCCUCUUUUUUGGGUAUUUUUAGACUAGUUAAGGAUAGUAAAACUAAUGAUACUACUUGGGCUUUUGAGUCAAGAAAAUGGAGAUCUAGCUCUCUGUCUCUAAUAUUUGUCGCCUCCGACUCCAUAUUUUCUUGGAAAACUUGCUUUUUUUUGUAUCUCUCAAGUUCUUUUGGGUGGAAUGGGAAGUAUAUAUAAUCCAAAUUAUACAAUAUUGGUUAAUGAGUUUUUUCUCCCCAUUAUGCGUAUGGAUCAGAGUCUGA